UUCAUAAACAGUUGAAUUUAAAAUGACCGUUGAGCUGAGUGUUGAUGGAAAUUUCAUUAGAGUUACGUCUGUUUGUCUGUGAUUUUAUUCCAAGCAGAGUUGUUGGCAAUGCUAACACCCGACAUCGAGAACCCUGCAACCCAUGCGACAACGAGGUUGCUUCUGUUUCGCGAUAAAUGAGGUUGUCAAGACGAACGUUACGUUAGCAGCGUUAACAGCCAGAAUGUGAACAAUUAAAAACAAAAUGGUAUUAAAGUUUGUUAGGAAAUUGUGAGAUUUAUUGAUUUGGGGUAAAUUAACUAAAGUUCACCAUUCGCUAAAAAGUUUUGAGGGGGAGUAUUGUUCACAGCCAAUAUUCGGAUCUAUAACAGAUUGCGGAGCAAAACAGGUUGACUCAGUAUUAAGAUUAUAGAAAGGAAAUUUUGAAAAAAAAACUAUAAAUAUUGGAAAUUGUUAAUUAGGGUGAUCCAAAAAACAACAGGGCCAGGAAAACCAAUCGAAAAUGGAGCCAACGAAACGGCAAUUUAUAAAAAACUGUGCUGUGCGAGACUGCGGAUCGAGCAGUGGCAAAAAUCCUGGAAUGGUUUUUGUGGUCGUUCCCAUCAAGAACCAGAAUCAAAGAAAAAAAUGGCUAACAAAAAUGAAUCCACGUUACCGGGCGAAAAGGUUGUUCUGCUGUGAGCUACAUUUUGACCUAAUGGAAGAUUGCGCAAAUUACGCAGAAUAUUGUAACCAACCGCAAGGAUUCCGACGCUAUUUCAAAUUAAAGAAAGGAGUGGUUCCACAUAAAAACCUACCUACAGAAGAACUUGAAUUAGUCAACUACGAUAAAAGUGUGCCAUCUUUGCCUGAUGUCGAGUCAAUAAUAGCGGAUCCAUUAAAUUCAGAUGGGUCUGAAACGGUUAUCCCCCAACUGCAGCUACCAACAUCGCAUGCUUCUGUUGAUUGCCAGCGUGAAACCCCAAAUCAGGCAUCAUCAUCUCAAAGCGAUAUUGGGACAGAAACAAUGAUCUCCAAAACGCCGCUUUCAAUUUCAUAUGCUUUUGUUGAUUGCCAGCCCGGAACAUCCAGUCAGGCAUCGUCACAAAAAGGUACACUAAAAACCGAAAUGUAGGAUUUUUCCACAAUCCGCGUGUUAACAUUAAUUUUCUGUUAAUUUUUAAAUGUGGAGCUGAGAGGAACAUUUCGAUUCGCUAGCCGAAUAUUCCGGAUUAAUUAGGACAAUUGACUAUAAUUAUUAUUUUUUUAAAUAAUCGUUAAAAAUAUAAUCAUAGACAAACAGACGUAACA